AUGGUGAACAUUACGGAGAAGAUCAAGGAGAUUGAGGAGGAGAUGAAGAAGACACAAAAGAACAAGGCGACUGAAUAUCAUUUGGGUCUAUUAAAAGGAAAACUUGCUCGACUAAGGGCCCAGCUUCUAGAGCCUGGUCCUGGAGCUGGCGGCGGCGGUGGUUCAGGUUUCGACGUCAGCAAAAGUGGUGAUGCGCGAAUUGCUCUUGUUGGUUUCCCAUCAGUAGGAAAAUCGACGUUCUUAUCGAAAGUCACCAAGACGCGGUCAGAAGUUGCUUCUUAUGCUUUCACAACCUUGACAGCCAUUCCCGGUGUGCUCGAGUAUGGCGGUGCUGAAAUUCAGCUGCUCGAUCUUCCCGGUAUUAUCGAGGGUGCUUCUGAAGGCAAGGGUCGAGGAAGACAAGUAAUCUCAGCUGCCAAGACGAGUGACCUUAUUCUAAUGGUUCUCGACGCUACCAAGAAAGCGGAACAAAGAGCAUUGCUCGAGGCUGAAUUGGAAGCUGUCGGUAUCCGCCUGAACCGAGAACCACCCAACAUUUACCUCAAGGUCAAGACAGCGGGUGGCAUGAAAAUCACAUUCCAGUCACCUCCCAAGAACCUGGACGAGAAAAUGCUUUACAACAUCCUGCGCGACUACAAGAUUCUGAAUUGUGAGGUUCUUGUUCGUGAUGAGAACGCUACAGUCGAUGACUUCAUUGAUGUUAUCAUGAAGGACCAUCGAAAGUACAUCAAGUGUCUGUACGUCUACAACAAGAUUGACAGUGUCUCGCUUGACUUCUUGGACAAGCUAGCACGCGAGGAUCAUACCGUUGUCAUGAGUUGUGAGCUGGACCUGGGUAUCCAGGAUGUUGUGGACAGAUGUUGGAAAGAGCUCAAGCUGAUCCGUAUUUACACCAAACGCAAGGGUGCUGAACCAGACUUUGGUGAGGCGUUGAUUGUGCGCAGUAACAGCACAAUCGAGGAUGUCUGUGACCGCAUUCACAGGACUCUGAAGGACACAUUCAAGUAUGCGCUGGUAUGGGGUGCUAGCGCAAGACAUGUUCCUCAAAGAGUUGGUCUAGCACACCCUGUGGCGGAUGAAGAUGUGGUGUAUAUCGUCAGUGCUUGGAAGGCUUAG